UCUUGAAUUUAUUUUAUUUUUAACGUGCCACUAAAACGCCGUCGUAGAAAUACAAUAACAUCAUUUAUUCAGGAAACUUUAAAGAAAUAAAAUGGUCUUGCUAGUAAGAUGCCUGAUUGGGAAAUGUUAAAUAUACUUCUUAAACUGGCCUUAAAAGUUAAGAUAAAACGUCCAAACGGGGCCUCACAAUUCUCUCCCGACAUAAAUAUAAUUCUCUGCGAAUUAAUGCAGCUUCCUCUUCUAUGGGUUCCUAAAUAAACGGACAUGCCAUUUUAAGUUCUGUGUGACUAAAUUGAGCGCGAUUAGGAACACGAAUCAAUAAACAAAUGACGUAUGUAAUUUCAACACCGCUCGCUUUCACUUCGAAAAGGGGGAGGAGAUUGUAACAAACCCUAGGUUUGCGGAAUAAAACCUGCUCCCGACCAGGUUAGGUUCACGGAGUAGGUUACUCUGGUUACUCACUCGGAGUAUAAGAUACCUCGAUUUCUGAAAUGGGCUUGACUUACUCCGUGGUCGCGGGUUUGACAUACCUCGCGUUCUGAAACCAAAAACCCUGAGUAUUCCGUUUUCUGGGGUUGACUUACUCUGAGUUUGCACUUACCCUGCUUUCUGAAACGGGCCCCAGACAGCGAAGAGUCCCCCCCACACACUCCGUCACUCGUUCCCAUGAUGCAACGGCCAACAAAGAGACGACAUCAGUACAGAGAGCAACGCUAGCCUGCGCUAGCUGGAGAAAAGUUUCAAACGCCGAAUAUCCUCAACAUUUACAACCGUCCCAACACAAGAGAUUUAUUUACCGCAAAGCGCAGUCGUAAAGUGCAAUUAUUCAUUGGCUUUGUUGAACAGGACUCGCUUCUGAGAUGUUGUAUGGCUUCAGGUCUCUAACGUUAGCUAGCCGUAAAGUACAGCAAUGUCUCCUGAUGUGAUGUCUUAGCUCUCCGGACUCUGAUAUGAAAUCUGUUGUAAGUUGACGUUAUAUUAAACACACGACAGGUAUGACAGUCGUGUAUCAUAUGUAAUUAGCUAUGUCUGAGUGUUCACAUACAUCUCCUUCAUCACCAGAACAUUGUGCAUAAUCCCCCUCCAAAUUCUCAAGGGGGAGCCUUCAGAAUGAAGAAGAUUAGUCUGAAGACAAUAAGGAAGUCGUUUAACAUUAAAGGCAAAGAAGAGAGCGAAUAUGCCGUUUCACAGCCAGACCUGUCAGCCGAUUUCUCUGCUGAGGACUCUCUGUUUGGAGGAUGCUACAGCAAAGAUCUUGUCAGCGGUGAAUUGGAUAAUGAGGACGAAAAAAGACCAAAAGUCCGGUCUAAGAGUGAGGGUCUCAUGGGCACCUUGAAAAGGAGACUGUCGGCUAAACAGAAACCAAAGGUCAAAGGUGGUUCUCCGUCUGUAGGCUCCAUAGAUGAUGACACCUUCUCCUCCUCUUCUGCACCCAUUAGUCUAAGUGACAUGAAAUCCCAGCGUUCCACAUCCAUCCAUAGUCAUCAUUACAGUCCCACCCCAUGGCCUCUCAGACCGGUGAACUCGGAGGAGACGUGCGUUAAAGUAGAUGUAAAGGUGAACGCCUUAAUGGACUCUUCUCAUCCAAGUCCAGCUCUCGACAGUGUGCGCCGAGACUUCCUGGACCUCCAUAGAGACAGUCUGUUUGAAGAAUCUAGUAAUCCCCUGAAAAUCACCAGAUGUGUGCCAGAUCAUCACUCUGACUCUGAGAACAACGAUUUGCAUCUUGAAAUAGAUGAACACAUGCCUGUAGUUCUUGGUCUCGCAGCUCAGGAUUAUAUUCAGUACACAUUGCCUUUAGAUGAUGGACUAUAUCCCGAUGAGGAGGGUUCACGCUCUUUUUGCUUAGACAGCGCCACACCCAUGGAUGUUGUUCCGCAGUCAGAUGGAUGCCAAUCUCUUCAUGCAGAUGAUGAGCCUAUUGAUCAGGAUCUUCUGUCACCAGACAUCUUCAUGGAGUCAUCCGUAAACCAGCUCUUUUUAAACACUGCAAAUGUCUUGCUGCAGGGCUCCGCACUCGAAGCCCCUCUUUCUCCCUUGCUACCUCCGUUGCCCAAUAGUUAUCUCCAGAGAAGCUUCUCUGGGUUUGCCGGUACCCACGCUCAGGUUGCCGAGAGAGUCAUGCACCAUCUCAACUUUGACCCGAACACGGCCCCAGGAGUGCAACGGGUUUAUGAUGCUGUGCAGAACAGCGGGCCAAUGGUGGUUACAAGUCUCACGGCAGAACUGAAAAAGCUGGCCAGGCAGGGAUGGUAUUGGGGACCCAUUACAAGAUGGGAGGCUGAGGAGAAGCUAACAAACCUUCCAGAUGGUUCCUUUCUAGUCCGCGACAGUUCGGACGAUAGGUAUCUUCUAAGCUUAAGCUUUCGCUCGCAGGGUAAGACGCUCCACACGAGGAUCGAACACUCCAACGGCAGUUUCAGCUUCUACGAGCAGCCCGACAUUGAGGGUCAUAUAUCCAUCGUGGAUCUCAUUGAUAAUUCCAUUAAGGAUUCUGAGACCGGAGCGUUUUGUUACUCAAGAUCACGCUUGCCAGGGUCUGCAACGUAUCCUGUUCGACUGACCAAUCCUGUUUCGAGGUUCAUGCAGGUGCGGUCACUGCAGUACCUGUGUCGAUUUGUUAUCCGGCAGUACACGCGGAUAGAUCUCAUUCAGAAAUUGCCUUUACCGAACAAAAUGAAAGAUUACCUGCAGGAAAAGCACUACUGAACACAAAUUCUCAAAUUUACCGGAUUUGGUUGUUAGUUGCACUUUUGGGACGACGAUACAGGUUUUGCAAAUAUUUCAAGGGUUUCGUUAUCAUUAAAUCACACAUCUUGUUGAAAGAAACGGUGACGAUUGUUGGCUAGUAUGUGUCUGGUAGAAUAGAUAAUUCCACUGGUUUGUGAAGAGAUACAAUGCCAGAAUGUUGUUGGAGUGUUUGGAUGUCAGUGUUGGAGCUUUUUCGCAUGUUCUCUAGAGUACUGUAGAGUUUUGUUUUGGUUACAGGAAUAUUGGUCCACAUAUGUUUAAUGCAUAUACCACCCUAUGAGAUAUUAGCACAGAACAAGUUUAUCGUAAGGUUCACUGUAACAAUGCACAGAGGUGUUAUCAACACCCUAAUAAUGACUGCAGGUUUGUGAAAUUUGGUUUUGGUGACAUUCCUCGCCCCUUCUUUUAAAUGCAUAACUUUUGUUUUACUAGCAACUGCUAUGUCAUUACAUAAUCGUAUUCAUAAGGGAAAAUCUACCUGCAAGUAUGCUAAAAUGAUGUCCUGUCUGUGAAGUUACAAUAUAAGCUAUAUUAGCUGCACAUAUGUUUGUGAGAUCACAUUCUUACCCCUUUGUUUUACGUUAUUUAGCACAUGUGAUGCCAAGGUUAGAUGAUUCUGUGCCUCUCUGAAAAUGAUCUUUGAUGUGAUUGAUUUUUGACCGUAUGAUUUGUCAUUUAUGCAGUUACAUUAUAAACUCAUCUGUCCUUCAUUUUCCCAUUGCGUCCUUUAGGUCAUCAUUAGAGUUCUCGGUCAUUGUUUUAAAAACUGAAAACUUACCUAUUAUGGAUUAAGGUACAGGUAGAAAAUUAAAUCAUUUGUUUUCGGGAACAGAAUUUGCUUAUUGUUGUAACUUGAAUUUGUUCUUCAGUUCAAAUAAAAGUUUUAUAUGAACAAUCAAACU